GAACUGUAGCGCUUACUCGGUGGGAACCUUUGUUACAGGGAGAUGGGGUCUGGUAGGAAGAUGUUGGAGAGCGGGAUUCUGGGAAGAGCUGAGUUCGUGGUACCGGAUGUGUGAUUUUCAAUAAAGUGUGUUCAUUUAGAAGUAAUACACAGUCUACCGAGCAGAACCCCAUUUGAUACUGUGGACAGUUUAAAGAUGGAAUCAGUCCCGAUUAAAGAGGAGCUCCCUAAACUUGAACUGGUCCCCAUUAGACUGGAGUUCUCUGGACUGUCUUCCCUCCCCAUUAAACAGAAGCUCUGUGAGAUGCCAUCUGACAGCAUCAAGUCGGAGGUGUCUGGGAUUAAAGCUGAGCGCAAUGAAUUGGAGAUCUCCCAGACAGAAGAACCCCUUCCUGUGAAUGAAGAGGUGCUGGAAAUGCUACCAAGCAGAACCACGUUUGAUGCCUUGGACAAUGUGAAGAUGGAAUCUGUCCCGAUUAAAGAGGAGCUCCCUAAACUUGAACUGGUCCCCAUUAGACUGGAGUUCACUGGACUGGCUUCCCUCCCCAUUAAACAGGAGCUCUGUGAGACGCCCUGUGACAGCAUCAAGCCAGUGGUGUCUGGAAUUAAAGCUGAGCGCAACGAACUGGAGAUCUCCCAGACAGAAGAACCAGUUCCUAUGAAAGAAGAGGUGCUGGAAAUGGUGCGUAUUAAACUGGAGCCCCUGAAAGAGGAGGUGCUCUUGAAACCAGGGAAGGAAGAAUCCGAAGACUUGAAAGCAGCCCCCACUGAGCUGGGUCCGGUACACCUGCGGGAGUGUAGCGUGGUGCUGGAGAGAAUCUAUGUGAGAAAGCAAGGCUCUGGAGAGGAAGGCUCUCCCAACAGCACGCAAGGAGGUGGACAGGACGAUGAUAGCUCACAUUCAGAGUGCAGUCCAGCAGGUUCCAGUCCAGCAGUUCAAGCAAGGACCCAGUUAAGGAAUUUAAAAAUACUGAGAGGAGAGAAAUUAAAUACCAGAGGAGAGAAACCGUAUCGCUGCUCUGACUGUGGAAAGAGUUUUAGUCUCUCAGGAGACCUUGUGAUACACCAGCGAAUUCACACAGGAGAGAAACCCUAUCGCUGCUCUGACUGUGGAAAGAGGUUCAAGUCAUCAGGACACCGUACAGCACACCAGCGAAUUCACACAGGAGAGAAACCGCAUUGCUGCUCUGACUGUGGAAAGAGUUUCAGGAACUUAGGAGACCUUGUGAUACACCAGCGAAUUCACACAGGGGAGAAACCCUAUCGCUGCUCUGACUGUGGAAAGAGGUUCAACUCAUCAGGACACCGUACAGCACACCAGCGAAUUCACACAGGAGAGAGACCGCAUUGCUGCUCUGACUGUGGAAAGAGUUUCAGGAACUCAGGAGACCUUUCAAAACACCAGCGAAUUCACACAGGAGAAAAACCUUAUCGCUGUUCUCACUGUGGGAAGAGUUUCAGUCUGUCAGGAAAUUUUGAAUUGCAUAAGCGAACUCACAAAGGAGAGAAACCAUAUCACUGUUCUGACUGUGGGAAGAGUUUCAGUCGGUCAGAACACCUAUUAAUACAUCAGCGAAUACACACUGGAGAGAGACCGUAUCACUGCACUGACUGUGGGAAGAGUUUCAGUCGAUCAGGACAACUUGUAACACACCAGCGAAUUCACACAGGAGAGAAACCAUAUUACUGCUCUGACUGUGGGAAGAGUUUCAGGGAUUCAGCAGACCUUAAAAAACACCAGAGAAUUCACACAGGAGUAAAGCCAUAUCACUGCUCCGACUGUGGUAAAAGUUUCAGUCAGUCAGGACAACUUGGAAAACAUCAGCGGGUUCACACAGGAGAAAAACCGUUUCAUUGCUCUGACUGUGGGAAGAGUUUCAGUUCGUUAGCAAACCUUGUUUCACACCAGCGAAUUCACUCAGGAGAGAAACCGUAUCACUGCUCUAACUGUGGGAAAAGUUUCCGUCACUCAGCAUCCUUUGCUGUACACCGGCGCAUUCACACAGGAGAGAAACCGUAUCGCUGCUCUCACUGUGGGAAGAGUUUCGGUCAGUUAGGACACUUAAUUUCACACCAGCGUAUUCACACAGGAGAGAAACCGUACCGUUGCUCUGACUGUGGGAAGACUUUCAGACGGUCGGGACACCUUGUUUCACACCGGCGUGUUCACACAGGAGAGAAACCGUACCACUGCUCUGAUUGUGGGAAGAGUUUCAGUAAGUCAAGAUCGCUUGUUACACACCAGCAAAUUCACACAGGAGAGAAAAAAAAAAGAAAAUGUAAAUAAUGUUCCUGCAUAAAAAUAACUUUUAUCCAUUUUGCUUCCUGGCAUUUCAGCACAGCAGUGUGCUGCUGAAUAGUGUGGCUGCCCAAGCCGAGGAGACAGUCAGAACAAAUCCUUAAAUGGAAUUUACUAGUGUAACGACCUCGCCCUUAGCACAAAGCCAACCACUAUGGAGCGAUUACCUCCCUAUAUUAAAUAUAUCCCAUGACAAAAACAAGUUAGACAAACAGCUGUUUGAAGGGGUGAUCUCAAAUGCAAAAAUCCAAGUUAGGAGAAGAAA